CUUCCUUUCUCUGCCAGAGAUUGUCAUUCUCUUUAUUAUUUCCACCCUCUAACCUUCCUUUCUUCCUGAGUACCCUCUUUCCUCUAGGUUUUUGCAGAGGAUAUGCUGGGCACACUGAAGGCCCUCAAAAUCAAGAUUGAGAAGAAGGAGUUGGCCAAUGGGCAGUGCCAGAUGGUGGCCAAUAUAACAAUCCUAUAUCUGAAAAGAAUGAAGCCACAGGGAGAACUGGAGGAUGCAUGUACAUCACUCCUCCUGGCUCUGGGGUCACACAGCAUAGAAAUCAUCGUCCAUAUGCUGUUGUAUGACAUCAAGGAUGACAGAAUGCCCACAAGGAGCCUGCUGCUGGCACUGGAGCAACUCAGUCUGUGCCCAGGUCUGGACCCUGUGAUGGGAGAGUGUGUGAGAAGAGGAUCAGGCAGUAGGAGAGGGGUCACCGUAUGGAGUCUUGAUUCUCCUAAUUCUUCUCAUGGGACAGCUCCACCAGCCUUCAGAAGAGUCUCACUGAAGGGUCCAGGGAAUCACUGAGAUGCAGAGCUGCCUGGGCUGGUCCAGGUCGUGUAGGAGAAGGAGGGAAACAGGGCAUCGCUGUGGCAAAAUGCUCCCCAGAAGAUGGUGGUGUCCAGCCAAGAGGGGGCUCCGGACAGCGAGAGCAAGUCCUUUGACCCCACUAGUUGUGCCCUGAAGGUUGUCAAGUUGAUAUUGGCAGCAGUGGUCGGGGCAGUGGUGUCCCAUGCAGAUGACCUCCACUUCUGGGAGCUUCUUUCCAGCUCCACAUCUUUCCAUACUUGGGUCAUGGAACUGACAAGAGCAAUGGGAAAGAUGUGCAACCCCUCCCUCCUUCAUGAAAUGAUGGCCCUUGUGCAGAAUUCCCUCCACUGCAUCAAUGAGGGUCGGAAAAUCCUGGCCAGGGCCAUCUAUGCGCAGCUCCUCUGUCACCCAUCGGUGGCCCAGAGCCUGAUGCACAAAUCUCUGGGUAUUGUCACCCAGUGGGUCAAUGACCGUGACAUCAGCAUGGUGGAAAUCGGCCUGCAGGGCAUCAGCAACCUGGCCCUGCACCCAGGACAGUCAAAGGCUCUCAGGAGGCUGCUUCCGUACUUACGCGGCUUCCUGAGUGCUGAGGCGCGGGUGGCCGUGCGGGCGCUGGAGAGCCUGCAGAAUAUCGUGCAGCACGCGUGGGACAAGGACAUCCAGGGAAUGUUCUGCAGCACCUGCCAGCACCUGCAUCCCCUCAUCAAUGAUGAGAGGGAGCCAGUGAGGAUCUCAGCCACCUCUGCCCUGGGCCACAUGCUGAGCCGGGACAGCAAAUACAAGCCUGGAGCCACCAUGAAAAGGGAACUGUAUACAUUUCUGCUCCUGUUGCUGCUGAACAUGCAGGAGGGAAACAGCGAGAUGGUCAAGGUCCAUGAGGGCGAAUACCAGCUGGUGGGGCAGUGACUGUCCCAGAGCCUUGAGUUCCUGGAGAGCCCGCAGACCUCCCUCAGGCAGCUGCCCUCAAUUUCAUAGGAUGCACACUGAGAAACAUUGACAUGAGCCGGGUCCGUGAGGAGGACGUGCAGGUGAUCAGGACUGCUCUGGAAAGCGUAGAAAACGAUGGGGACCAAACUAUAAAAUCUUUGGCCCAAGCCAUACUGGGAGAAGUUGGGAGCAAUCCUGCCUCCCAGUUCCCCACUCCAAGGAAGACCAUACUGGGCAUCGGAAUCCCACAGAGGAAGACACACCUCUUCAAAUUAGUCAGAAAUGACCCUCGGCAAAAGAGCUCUCGCCAACAAAGUCGAGGCUCCUUUCACAGGUGGUGCAACGGAUGCAUUAUGGAUGCUCCACCUUGAGAGGCUGCAAGAACUGAGGCACAAGAACAUCUCGAGGUCCACAGAAGGCCAGGCACAGUGGCAUGCACCUCAGUCCCAGCGACUCAGCAGGCUGAGGUGGGAGGAUCGCUUGAAGCCAGGAGUUCCAGCUGCAGUGAACAACAGCAACGACGACAACCACGCAGAGGCCUGCUGUGGCCGCCAAGAUCAAAUCUGCCUCCUCAGUUUUCAUCCAAAGCAGCCCCUUUCCUCAGACCAAAGAUAUUCUCACUGACAUCUGGACAGACAAGUGGGAGAAGCUUCAGUGCCCCACUCUAAAUAUUCACAGUGACUCACAAACGGCUUUUAAUCAGAACCAAUUCUUUAGGCGGAUUCUUAUUGUUUUUACUUUUUUAAGAGACACAGUCUUGCUCAGUCACCCAUGCUGGGGUGUGGUGGCACUACCAUAGCUUAGUGCAGCCUGGAACACCUGGCCUCAAGCGAUCCUCCCGCCUCAGCCACCUGAGUAGCUGGGACUCCAGGCACACGCCACCAUACCCACCUAAUAUAUUUUUCACCUUAUUUUCAAGAAUCCAUGUCUGGCUGGUGUCAAACUCCUGGCCUCAAGUGAUGCACCUGUCUCAGCCUCCUGAGUAGUUGGGAUCAGGCAACACGCCCACACCAAGCUAGUUUAUUUUUGACAUUUUACUUUUUAUACUGUUAAAAUGUUUUUUCAAGCCAAAUUGUCAUGAGCAGCACAAGGCCAGAGAUAACCAGACCUGCGUACAUUUGUGUAUCUCCACAAUUGGAACAAAAUGGUCACGACUGCAGUUGGACACACUCCCAGCUGGCCACCUUGUGCAUGAAGUACACAGGAGUCCCUUUGGCAAGGACAUCCGGCUUGUCCCCCUCGGCUCUCGGCAUGUAAAUAGCAGCAAGGUGUCUUGGCCCAGCCACCAUCCUGCUCUGUUCCCUGUGCCUUUGUCUUCCUUGUCCGGACCCAGAAAGACGCUGGAUGUGAGGCCGGCUGCGCAGCCCUUCUCGGGCCGGAGUGGCGGUCACUGGAAGGAAAGGAAGAGGCAGGUGGGCUGGGCUGGCAGGUCCAGGCGGUCGCUUGUGUGUCAUUUGGCUGCACCGUGUCUUUGCCUCUUUCCUUCCCCUGCCUUAUAGGGCCUGCGGGUGAACAAAGACAGGCAGACCCUGGGUUCCGUGCAGCUUGUCCACACUGCCGUGUGCAGACGUGGAGAAGCAACACGCAGCCACCGAGCCCCCGGUGCAGCCUCAGGACGUCUGCAGAGAGCGGGGCACGGCUGGAUGUGACCAAGGAUCUGGGGCCACGUGGGCCAGGGACACGGGAAAUAAAGACCACACGUAUCUUGAAUGGGAGGGACGGCAGAGCAGACCCUGCUUCCGUCCUAAAGACCCUCUCCUUAGGAAAAGGAGCUCCUGCCUUCUGGGUCAGUGUCCAGUCCCCGUCCCUGGCUUGGAGAUGAUUUUAUCGGCUCCUUAUGGAGAACACGAGGGCAAAUCCCAGAGUUUCCUGAUGAGACCACAGUGGGCAGCACGUGGAAGAGCUGUAUCGCCCCAACCCCUGGUUUCAACACGACAAACCCACUCUCGGCCCCACACACAGCCGCCGUCCUCUGUCUCUGCUCCCUGUGCCUGUGCCACCUUCAGAGAAGAAGAGUGAAGCUGAGGGCAGACGCCAGAGGGAAGGAGGCAGGAGAAGCAGCUGCCUGCCCCUUCUACAGCCAUGAGCACAGGGAUGAGAUCCUGGCACAGGGGACAGACAGUGAGCAGCUGGUGGCCCUUGGGAAGGAGGCCUGGGCCUGUCCCUGUUGCGGUAGCUGGGCUGCCAUUCCGGCAGCCUGGGUGAGGACUCUGGAGGUUUGGGAAGGAACUCUUGGUUCUGAGGCCUAGGCCAUGGGGGAUUCCUCCUGAUGCUAUAAUUUGGGGGGAUGCCACCCCCGGUGGUUAGACUGGCGGCUGCACCACAUGCAAAUGGCACCAAACCCAUUCGCCCCAGUGCUGGGUUGGAGGAGGCCGUGGAUGGAUCCCUUGGUGGCCCUGGGCUGCAGGGCCAACUGUUAUGGGGACAGCAGAUAGCAGCCAGGAAAGAGUGUGCAUUCUUCACGAAACCGCAGUCAGAGGAUGGCAGAAACUGAGAAGAGUGCGACAAGUGUGCCACAGAGCACGGCUGCAUUUCCAAAUGGCUUUUCAAUCUCUACCCCUACCUGUGGCACCAGACAAUACUGUCUUCUUUGACCUCCCGUGUCCUUCGCCUGGCCACACUUUGACAGGGCCCAGGAAUGUGCAGCUGGGGGCUGCUGGCGGGCUCAGGUCUGAAAACCCCCUGGUGUGUCAUGGCCUGAGGUUGCAGGUCCUUGGGGAGACUCCUAGAGGUUGUAGGAUGGGGGAUUCCGCUCUGGGGCGGGUGAUGUGCCAAAGGGCAGGGGAGCGAGGAAGGGCCCAGAUGUGCUGCUGGGCCUCAGUGUCGCUGCUGUGGUGCGGACUGAGAGACGCUCAUGUCAGAGGUGCCUGCGGGAGGAUUUGUGGGUGAAAUGCGUGAUAUCUUGAAUUUGUUUUAAAAUCCUCUGUCAAAAAAUGUGGAAGAGUUAGAUGAUACAAUAUUAAUAAAAAUACUAAUAAAAAUGGUUAGAGCUUG